AUGGCGUGUAUUUUGAGGUUAGUGAUCGCUCUGUUAGUGUACGCGACAUCCGGCGAAGCGUCACACGCACGUCGAUGUGUGGCCGGUUCGGAGCUGUUCGUUUGCAUGCUUGCCAGAUUCGACUAUCAGCCAGGACAGGACAUUCCCCUGUUUGAUCUGCCUGCGGACGCGAAAGCAAUACGUUUCGUCGAACCGUUCUACAACAUCCACGACAAUGAGAAUACCAUCCAUGUGUACGAUGCCGUACUCCAUCGACAGCUAAACUCACCGCAAGCGGUCGAACUUACCGGUUCCUACACGACCGCGGUGGAGAUCCCACCCAACCUGGAGUAUGCGGAUUUCUCGGACAACAACAUCGAACGCUUGUUCGUGCCCGCGGACCAAUCGUACGCAUUGCGAUUGCUCGACUUAAACCAGAACCGCAAUCUUCAGUUCGAGAACAUUAGCCGGCUGGUCAAUUUGGAAACGUUACACCUGUCCAGUUGCAACAUAGAAACCAUUCCGAUAAACUUGUUCGAAAAUCUAAACCGCCUCACACACCUAACCCUCGCCAAUAACAACUUCCACAAGAUCGAUCUGAACUGGUUUCCGAUGAGCCUUACGCUGCUAAGGUUGGACCACAACUGGAUGACGGAGUUCCAUUUCUCUGGAACCGCACGGUUGCCGCUGCUGGAAGAUUUAAACAUCGAAAACAAUGACUUAACCGGAAUGGACAUCAAUGCACUUAUAGCGACCGCACCAAAGCUGCGUCUUUUCUCGAUCGGGAGGAAUCCAUUGAAACGCGCCGAGUUGAUCAGCAUCGUGGAUGAGUUGAACCGACGGAACAUAGCGUACUACAAUAUGGAAGAGACGGGAGACCAAAAUUGUGGCGAAGGUGAACAUUACUAUCGGGGUGCUUGCGUGCCGGAAUCCGUGUUCGCACUCGGCUGGGUCGAAUGGAUACAGAUGAUAUUCUUUUUCAUUUUAUUGGUUGUGUUGGCGAUCGGGAUCGCUUUCGGGGCUCGAUUGCUAUGGAAGAGAUUCUAUGCUAGUUAA